AUUGCAAACAUAGUUGGGCACUGCCUCCAACGUGCACCUUGCUGCACGUGACCAGACGGCCCAGCUGAUGGAGCCUGGGUCUGCUGCUGUACGGCUAGUGGCGUCCGCUAUCGGAGCGGGCAUCGCUGAGGCCACCACUUUGCCCACGGAUGUGGCCAAGGUGCGUCUGCAGAUUCAGAGCAGCUCUGUGGGCGAGCUGAGGUACCACGGCAUGGUGGACUGCAUCGUGAAGGUGGCUAAAGUGGAAGGCAUCCGAGCGCUGUGGAAGGGCAUCGUGCCCGCUCUGGUUCGCCAGGUGAGCUACCACUCAUUCACCUUCGUCCUGUACGAGCCGAUCAAGGAGAUGGUCAGCGUGCUGUUGGCCAUGGAGCCGGGGAAUACCAGCUACUUGCAGCGCUUGCUGGCAGCGGGACUCUCGGCCGCCAUCGCCAUUGCGUUGUUCAACCCAACAGAGGUGGUCAAGACACAGAUGCAGAGCAGCUCCGGCACAGUGACGAUUCAGGAGGUGGCACGCAAAGUGUGGAACAAGGACGGUGUCAAAGGCUUUUGGGCCGGCCUCAGACCAAACGUGGUGAGGACCUUCCUGGUCAAUGGCGCUGAGAUAGGCACCUACGACGAGUCCAAGUUGGCCUUGCUGGAGACUGUUGGCGAUGGACUAGUCGCGCACAUCUCGGCGAGUUUCGUGGCGGGUCUCGCCUCCGCAUGCAUUUCCACCCCGGCUGACGUGGUCAAGACCCGCUUCAUGAACGCUGCUGGGUCUGACCAGAAUCCAGUCCCUGAAGAUGGCAAGAUGGAGGCCUACCGCGGGAUCCUGCACACAUGCUAUCGCAUCCUGCGGGAUGAAGGGUUUCUGGCGCUCUACAAGGGUUUUGCGCUCAUCGUUUGCCGGAAGCUGAUUUGGUGCUCGGUCUUCUUUGUGAUCUAUGAGCGGCUGCUUCGCGCCAUCGUGCAGGCGGUCGAUCUUGCAGAUGCCUGACGCACCUCUCGGCGCAGUGGGAGCCUCGACUUCGGAUGCCUUGUGGUGACUGGCGCCAAACUGAUCA